AACCGGGGCCGCGGAGGGCGGGGGCCGGGCAGGGCCAUGGCGGAGGCGACGGCGACUGCGACAGCGGCGGCCGGUGGGAGGGCAGCCGGCGCCACCGUGACCGAGACCGUCACCAUCGAGCCGGAGAACCGCAGCCUGACCAUCAAGCUGAGGAAGCGAAAGCCAGAUAAGAAGGUGGAGUGGUCGAGCGACACGGUGGACAACGAGCACUUGGGCCGUAGGUCAUCCAAAUGCUGGCUGCAUCUACGAGAAGCCUACGCCUCGGCGAGAGCUCCACUAAGAGCGAGAGAUGAGACGAGGGCUGCGCAAUGGCACUGCCAUCCGGGCCCACAGGAAUGGAGCCAUGGGGCCGAGGGGGUGGUGGCUCUGGCGAGGCAGGGGCAGCCCCGCAAGCUGACCGCCUGGCAGACCACUCUGAUGCCAUGCAGCACUGAGCCGCCCCACUCCGCCGACGACCCUGGACUGGGCGUGUGCAUCUGUCCGUGGGAAAGCCUCGGCCUCGAGUGCUGUCGUCCGUCCGUCCGUACCGCCCCGUCCCCGCGUGAAAGCACCAAGCGACGGCCGGCUGCGUCUCUUGUACUUCUCCAUUAA